AUGGGCUAUAUUGUCACAGGGUAUUCUAGUCGGCACGACAAGAGAAAGAAGCAUGUACUUCCUUUGCAUCAAUACGCAGCGUCUUCGAUGAACCUGCAACGACAUGUGGAUCUUUUCGAAGCUCCUGUCUUUUACAAGAGAGCACUAUCCGGGGGCAACAAACUUGCUAAAAUUCACGCAAAGAAACUUCGACAUCAUCGGAAACUUUCUUUGCAAGACUUACCUAUAGAAAUCAUUCAACACAUUUUCAUUUUUACAAAGGGUGAACCAUCAAUGGUCACUUUGAAUUGGUUUUUUUACAGCUGUUUGAGACCAUCUUUUUUAUUGCUGUCUAAAAUUAUGUGGGAAAGAUAUCUUUUCGAUCCACUUGAAUUUGGUGUAGAGAACAUAAAAGCGAAUCCAGGAAACAUUGUAAUUCCCACGUUAUUUGAACAUAAAACGUUUUUCAAACUACUAUUGGAUCAUCAUCACAUCCUUUUGCAAAGUAUUUCCCACUUCCUUCCGAGAAAGCAUUAUCAAGACAUGCAGGAUGGCGAUUUUGAUGCAUCAAAAGAACUGGACUUGUGUUCAAUGAGUACUGGAAAUGCUGAGAAAGAGGACUUCCCUAUGAAUUUUUAUUACGACAUGCAAAUUUUCUUAACUCAUAAAGAAUGUGUGAAAUCCGUUGGCAACCAUUUUGCUCUAAAGAAUCCAUACAAUGUGAUAUCACCUUUUAUGGAAUGGUUCUUCCAAAGUGUCGAAAUAAGGGGGGCGGGCAUAGCCUCUAAACUCACCUUCGAUUUAUUCUUGGAAUCAAUAGAUUUGAUUCUGUACGUUUCUGGAUCCACAACACAAAAAUUUACUUCCAUUGAACCCCUUUCGACUUUAGUAUUUCUAUUAUAUUUCACCUAUGAUAACGUGCUACAGACUCCGAAUUUCGAGGUGUUUUUUCAGAAUAGAUCAAGACUACGAUUCAUGGAAGAAUUCAUCAUAAAGUAUUACUACGACCCAUCAUCAGCGGAGAGCGAACUUUUAUCCGAUACGACUGUUUGGGACUUGCUGAGAAGGGUUUCCGAUUUAAGGCUGAUAGAUUUAGUUGUUGAGUGUGGCGGAAGACCUCAAUAUGGUGUGAUGUUUUCAUAG